AUGUCAGAGGACCUUGUUGCAAAGGAAGAUGGAUUUGAAGACGAGGAAUCCAGCACAAUGAAGACUAUGAAUAUUGGGGGUGGUGUUGAUGCUCAACUCUCUCUAUAUCUUCAGAGGUGGAAGAGACCCUCCAGAGCUAUGUGUCUUGGGCUGCUGCGUGUUCUCUAAUGGUUGGGAUCAUAGGCCUGACCGUUCAAUAAAAUGGACUCCUUGGUCAGUACUACUCUGCAGGGAGAAACCAACAGGCCAGAUUCAACACCCUCACGAAAGAGAGAGACCAGUUACAGGAAAAGGUGAACAAACUGGACAUGGAACUCAAUGGAAAGAGGACGUUUGGAGAAUCCAUAUACUACCUCUCUACUGAGAAGACAUCCUGGCAUGAGAGAAGACAGGACUGUCAGAAGAGAGGGUUAGACCUGGUGAUCAUAAACAGCGAAGCGAAACAGGAAUUUAUAUAUGGAUUCAAAAAAUGUCUGAAAGUCUGGAUUGACCUGCAUGACAUCAAAAUAGAGGAAGACUGGGAGUGGGUUGACGGCAUAUCAGCUACAACUACUUAUUGGAUGAAAAAUGUACCCAAUAACUAUGACGUCGAGGACUGCGGUAUGUUCGGUGAUAUGGAGUUGAAUUUGGAUAUACAU